UUUCUAUUAAAAUGAAAAUCACUAUCAUCUCAUCAGACAACAAAAAUCAUGAAUACUAAGAAAAGGGAAACUUAAACAAUUUAAUUGAGGAAUUUGAGAGAGAGAAAGAAGCAAAAUUUUAAGAUUUUUAAUUUUAUUAUGAAAAUUAAGAAAUAAAAAAUGCUAUUAAAACCUUAAAACUUUAAUAAAUAUGCAAUGGUAAAGGAGGGACAAUAAAAAUAACAGUAAACAUUUAUGACUAUAAAAGAAAAAAGCAGUUGAAUAGAAAUAGCAAGAACUGGAGGCCACUAAUUAGAGUAUCUGGGAAACUAAAAUUGUCUCUAAUGAAAAAAUUUAAGAUCAAUAAUAAUCAGCACCCUUCUUUCCAAGGAACACAGAAUUCAAAAAACCAGAAAAUAUUAGGUAAAAAAUUACUUCAAAUAUUAUUCCAAGUACUGUUUUUAAACCAAUUCAAAACAAUACUCAAGUCAUCAAUAAUGGUGUUAAUCCUGUUCCUAAUAAUAGAGUUACCAAUUUUGGUCCUCAGCUAACCCGUUUUACCUGUUUACCUGCUCAAACCUCAAUCCCAAACUCAAACUCAGUUAUAAAUGCAAAUACAAACCCAGUUAUAAAUGCGCCACCACUUCUUCCAAUCUCAAACCCAAACCCAGUUACAAAUGCAAACCCAAACCAAUUUAUAAAUUCAACCCCACCUAUUCUAACCCCAAACCAAAACCAAAACCCAAAGGCAACCCUACCUUUUCUAAUCCCAAACCCAAACCGAGUUACAAUUGCCAACACAAACCCAAACCCAAACCCAACCCCACCUUUUCUAAACCAAAACCCAACACCUGUUAUUAUCCCAAACCCAACCCCUGUUAUAAAUCCAACCACAAACCCAACACCUGUUCUAAUCCCAAACCCAACAACUGUUAUAAACCCAACCCCUGUUAUAAUCCCAAACCCAACACCUGUUAUAAUCCAAACCCCAAACCCUGUUAUAAACCCAACCCCAAACUCAACAUCUGUUAUAAACCCAACCCCAAACCCAACACCUGUUCUAAUCCAAAACCCAACCCCGCCUGUUAUAAACUCAACCCCAAACCCACCAUCUGUUAUAAUCCCACACCUCAGAAAAGAACUAGUAUUAAAAAGUGUAAUUGAAGAGGAGUAUUAAUUUAUCUAAUUUUAAAUUAGAAUAAAAAUUAUUAAUGAUUUUAAAAUAAAGAUCACAGAUAAAGGAAAUCGAGUUGAAGUUGAAAAUGAGAAAAAAGAUUUUAUGAUGGUUUUCUUAGAGUAAUAUGCAAAUGAAGUAUUUUCAAAUUUUAUUUAAUAGAAUAUUUAAACAGAAAUUAGACAACAACUUAGCCAAAAUCGUAAAGACUAUCUCAGUGACCCAAAAUAUGUUGUAAAAUGUUAAGUUAGUGAAAAAAAUGACUCAACUAAAGUUCUUUUUAAAUAAAAAUUUGAUGGUUUUGCUAUAUAAUGGGCUACUGGCUUGGUAACAAUAUGUGAUUUUGAAUUAAAAAUGUGAAAUCAAUAAGGAA